AACACGACAUAGACGUCCUCUACUAUCUACAGAUAUUAGCUACAAUGCGUGGAGCGGGAUGGUGGAUGAGGCAAGCGUAUCUUGGCCUUAUUCCUGCUUAUCCGGCAUGUUAUCUGGUCAUAAAUGGAUUCCGAGGAGAUCAGUUUUGGGCGAAACCUUAUGUUAAUCGCAGUGCUAUGCCACCCUCUGAAUCUCUAGAAGAUCUGGUGGAAGCUGAACUCGACAAAAUUGGAGACAUAAAGAAAGCUAAGGUCUUCGUCAGCUUGACCGAAUCCGGUGAGCCCCGAACAUAUGGCGGAUUUUUCCUUCAACCUGGUGCUGAACUUCAGUUUCCCGUGCGAGCUUCGUUUGAGAAUGUGGAUCACGCGCGUCGAUCAGCUCACAACAUUGAACUGGAUCUAGGAUUGGCAAGUUCAUCUGGACUGAAACGUUCCAAGUUGAAAUUAUUUUGGGAGAGAUAUGCAUCGCAUCGACGGAAAAUCGAACUGAAUUCGAAGGUUGGCGAGGAGUUGGUCUCACGAAUGAUGCUGUCAGAUUUAGCGAAGAAAUUCCUCGUACAACGAGAGUUGCAAAUUGCUAAUAGCGGAGUUCUUUUCUGCGCUCCAAUAUUCGCUUGGUUCGUCAUUUUUGGUGCAGGCUAUGCCUUCGUUCUUGGUUUUUCCAAAGUCGUUGGAUUAGUCCUCGGUUCAGUUGCUGCUGCAGCUAUCAGUUUGGUCAUUUUCCGACAAUUUUACAAAUCUUAUAACCUGUACAAAAUGCAGUGGGCAGAUGAAAAGGCCGUUGACUUAGGAGAAGAGUAUUUCCGAGGAGCGCGUGACUACUUCGAAUCAACGAUGAAAUUGAAUCGACUAUUAAGAGUGGUUUUAGGAGAAGAAGGCGAGAAAAAUAUAGCAAAAAAUGGCGAUUGCAAACUGGAUGCAAUCCCCCUCUCAACUAGGUUGAAGCAUCUAGAAAAUUACUGGAAAUCACAGAAGCAUCCAGUUGUAGAACAUAAUGUAGCUAAUGUAGCGAACACGCCUAAUACUCACUAG